CUAUGCUUAAAAACCCCGACGUUAUCUUAGCUGUCGGUUAUCGAAUCGAUUAUUUCGUAACCACUUCGAACAUUUUCAGGGAAGUUUUUCUGUCUAGAUGUUGAAGCUACUUCCAUUUAAUUUAAUAAAGCUCGCUUGCGUACGAAAACUCACACAAAAAUGUAGCGAAAUUAACCCACGGCCCGCGAAACGGGGGCCUUAUUAUCCUGAAAUACAAAAUGUGUCAUUAAAGGCUCGACAACAGAAUAAUGCUGAAGAUUGGCAUAAAGAAAUUUACCAAGUACCGACAGUUGAGGAAAAAAUACUCAAAAUUAAUAUGCCCCGAUACUACGGGUAUAAGGUAGUAAAUUUUAGUGACACAAAAACUCCUUACAACGCCUUGCCUGUAACUCAACAUUAUACACGCACUGUUAGGGAAAAGUUUGAAACGCCUAUUACAGGUUUUACGGAAAAAAACUCUGAGCGUAUAUUUACUGCGGCACGUAAAGAAGCUAUCGAAGCGGUAGAAUUUUCUUACGACUAUUGCAGGCAUUUAGCUAGGAUAACAAUGUGUACCUCAGUUGAUUUUGUUGCCCGUGAACGGCAUCUCAGUCAAAUAGUUGUUGAGCAAUUGAAUAGAGCCCUUUUGAAAGUUUUGAGCCAAGAAUACCCACACUUAAGUGAAGUCGAAAUAGAUUACAAUCCUCGUCAUGAAGCUUUCUGGACAGUAGGAGGUGUACAAUCAACUAAAAACGUCGUGAAUUCAAAAAAUGGAUGCAAAUGGCAAAUGAAAGAGGCGAAAAAUUCUUCCGACCGUCUAAUACAAUAUUCUGGUCAUCCUUAUGUGUGUCUGCGUCAUCAAAAACAGUUAGCAUCUUGGAAAACCCUCCCUGAGAGUAAUAACGAAAGGUUGAGCAAAAACUUGCCGCGGUUUAAAUACGAUGUGCGUUGUCUAGGUUAUAACACAAAACAUCAGCAUGCCACAAAUAUUCCCGGCCAUUGGCCUUGCGUAAAUGAACAGAGUUUUCCAUUUUUGUCCAUACACUCGCGAGCUCACCUUCAAAAUCGACCAAACUCUUAUGGCAAACAUGACACACAGGAAGCCCUCGAUGCGUUAGCGAUAAAAGCUUCAUACUCUCUGCUCUUGGCCCACGCUAGUUAUAACGGUUUUAACACUUACAAUGACCUUACCUAUCCUUUAAAUACCCAAACUAUUAUUACGAACGGUCAGGAAUGGAGUUUUUAUGAGUACCAAUUAAAUACAUUGCUAAUGCAUGGUUAUAAUGAAGUUGUGAACCCAAAAGUUAACUUCUGUCGAGGAUCCCCAGCUCUAUCACUUUUUUCAGAGGUUUCCUCAACGGGAAAGUGCGUGGGCUUCAACGAUGAAACGUUUAAGCAGUUGUUGAACUUUUAUGCCAAUGUUCCAAAAUUACAGCGUACCAUGGAAGAGCUACAGCCAUUUGUAUCUUCACGCUUAUCAGAGUUUAAAAAUUCAGAUCAAAGCGACUUUAUUGAUAAAAGAUUAAAACAUUUAACAUCAAAUCGCCCACGACAUCUUGAGCUACCGGAAAUUUUCUUAUGGGAGAAACUCUAUAAAAUAGAUAACAAAUCACGACCUAUGGAAGCAAAACGUAGAUUUUUCGAACGGAAUAUUAAUCCUUGGCGACGACGGCUUAAUGAAUACGAUGAAGAAUUUGUGCCGAAACCUUUGCGCCGAAAUGGGGGAAAAAUGAAGCUCCAAAUAAAAUAAAGUUUUACCCUUAAA